CGGAAAUCAACAUGGUCAUUGUACUGCUUUCUCUUUCUAGUUUUCAAAAUAAAGAGAGACAAAUUUAAAUUCAACGCACAUCCUUUUUUUUUAUUUUUUAUUUUAUUUAUUAUCAAUAAACAUUCUUCCAUACUACAUGUACUAUAUGCCAACUUAUCAAUUUAAUUGAAUACAUACAUUGUAAAAAAAGCACCUAGACUGUGACGUCUGUAUGUGCAAAGUAGUCUAUACAUAAGUAGGUACUAGUAAAACUAGCAAAACCAUGUGAUCUGUGAACAACAUUAGGUUGGUCUGACCAAACGAAACAAAUUAUAGCAAAAUGUGCGAAGAAGAAGUUUCGGCCUUGGUAGUUGAUAACGGAUCGGGUAUGUGCAAAGCAGGAUUUGCAGGGGAUGAUGCACCCCGUGCUGUUUUUCCUAGUGUCGUUGGAAGACCCAGAUAUCAGGGUGUAAUGGUUGGAAUGGGUCAAAAAGACUCCUACGUCGGAGACGAAGCUCAAACCAAACGAGGAAUUUUAACUGUAAAAUACCCAAUAGAGCAUGGAAUAAUAAAUAACUGGGAUGACAUGGAAAAGAUUUGGCAUCAUACGUUCUACAACGAACUUCGAGUCUCUCCAGAAGAACAUCCCGUUCUCCUAACCGAAGCCCCACUAAACCCGAAAAUCAACAGAGAAAAAAUGACUCAAAUUAUGUUUGAAACUUUUGGCUCUCCAGCUAUGUACGUUGCAAUCCAAGCAGUACUUUCUUUGUAUGCUUCCGGACGGACCACUGGAAUCGUUAUGGAUUCUGGAGACGGUGUUUCACACACCGUACCCAUUUAUGAAGGCUACGCGUUACCGCACGCAAUCCUUCGUCUUGAUCUUGCUGGUAGAGACUUGACCGAUUACCUGAUGAAGAUUUUAACGGAACGAGGCUACAGUUUUACUACGACAGCCGAAAGGGAGAUCAUCAGGGACCUCAAGGAGAAAAUUUGCUUUGUCACUCUGGAUUUUGAAAAAGAUUUAGCUCUGGCAACUACUUCGAGUUGUUUCGAGAAAUCUUACGAGCUUCCCGAUGGCCAAAUAAUUACUUUGGGUAAUGAAAGGUUUAGGUGUCCAGAAGCGAUGUUUCAGCCAGCUUUAUUAGGUAUGGAAUCACCAGGAAUAGCGGAAACAACAUUCAAUUCCAUAAUGCGUUCGGACAUGGAUAUCCGUAAAGAUUUAUACGCAAACACUGUCCUUUCGGGCGGCAGCACCAUGUUCGCUGGUAUAGCCGAUAGGAUCCAGAAAGAAAUUGCAGCGUUGGCGCCCGCUUCAAUGAAAAUCAAAAUAAUCGCGCCGCCCGAGAGGAAGUAUUCGGUUUGGAUUGGCGGAAGUAUUUUGGCCAGUUUGACUACUUUCCAGCAAAUGUGGAUUUCGAAACAGGAGUACGACGAAUCUGGGCCUUUCAUUGUUCACAGAAAAUGCUUUUAAAUCAAAAAAAUAUACAUAUAUUUAUUAUACAUCUAUCUUUAUAUUUCUUGGAUAAAUAAAAAUUUUAUAUUUAUUAUUUAGUCGUUUAUGAUUCAUCACAGCACAGUCAGCAUGCCUAAAAAUUCCAAAAUGGAAUUUUUUUGAAUUCCUUAGCAUUUUUUGGAAUUUUUUGAAAUUUUU